GAAAGCAGCGGCGAUGAAACUGGACUACAAGUACCGAUGUUCCUUAGAAGAGGAUCUCGAUACAGCCGUGGAACACCAGGAACUCCAGCAUCAUCUAUAGCCAGUUCAAUAAUAUUAGGUCAAAUUCCGGAAGAGGUGCUCCGUGUUUGGAAUCAAUUACCGACGCCGAUACGUCUGGAUCCCAGUUUGGCAGUUUUUCAAAGGGAAUACGAUCGAGUUCACCAUAACGAAGAAGAACGAACUGCCGAUGGUGCAAAGGAAGACUGCCUAGUUAUGAACACGUCUCGUGGAGCACAGAAUGCAUUACAACACAGAAUGCAAAAAGUGGACUCGAAAGAUGAAGAUGGACAUGACAUCACACAAGAGCCCCAUGAAACUAAACAGAAACCAUUUUAUCGUUACACGAAGCUGAUUUUACUGACUUGUUGUUGGAUCGUAUUUACUUUAAUUCUGACAAUUAAAAGCGAAAGAUUUGAAUCGAUGCACCAGAUUUCGAUACCAAAGGGGCUAACGAAAAAUUACAAAAUGCAUGGUGACAUUUCUGGCAAAGUGAUUGGAGUAACAAUAGAGGGAUCGUUACUUCCGCCUGUACAAUCUGCGAAAGAUACUGCGAAUGUAUCCGACAGAUAUUUAAUGGUUUGGCUAGAACUCUUAAUCCACGAAACAAACAGUACGAUUCAAUCCUUGUCAGAACAACCUAUAAUCAAGAACAUAAGCAGUGUAUGGAUGUUACCAAUACUCCCAGAAAAUUUAAUGGAUGUUUUCUCUGGGCAAAGAUAUCAAAAGAAUUUUGAACUGCAAAAUGUCAAUGAACAGAUAUUAAACCAAGGAUUGGUUUAUAUUAAUUUAAGAACGAACCUAGAAUCCAGUUUUGCUAUUUCUAUUAGCUAUGACGUCUCGUCAAUGAACAAGGAUGAAGGCAUAGUGUAUGCUGCAAUUGUUUUAUUAGGAUUAUACAUUCUAAUAGUAUUCGAGGUCGUGCACAGAACUUUGGCGGCCAUGUUAGCAUCAAUUAUGUCGAUCGCAAUACUAGCGGCUUUGAAUCAGAGACCAAGUAUGGAUGAAUUAAUAUCUUGGAUAGACUUUGAUACAUUAAUGCUAUUGUUCUCUAUGAUGAUAUUGGUCGCUGUUGUCGCUGAAACAGGAAUAUUUGACUGGCUAGCAGUUUAUGCUUAUAAGAUAACUGGAGGAAAAUUAUGGCCGCUUAUAGGUACACUCUGCUUUUUCUCAGCGUUUGUCUCGUCGUUUCUAGAUAAUGUUACCACGGUCCUUUUAAUGACGCCGGUAACCAUCAGAUUAUGCGAAGUAAUGGAAAUAAAUCCGGUGCCAAUAUUGACAGCAAUGGUAAUUUAUUCUAAUAUCGGUGGUGCUAUGACACCGAUAGGCGAUCCACCAAACGUAAUUAUUGCUUCUAAUCGUGAAGUUAUUAAUAGUGGUGUCGAUUUCAGCACAUUUACAAUACACAUGAGCAUCGGCGUUGCAUUAGUAAUAAUCGUAGUCUAUGUUCAGCUACGAUAUAUUUUUCGAAAUGUGGAGGUCCUUCGAUUCGAUGAACCGCCGGAUGUACAGGAAUUAAGGCAUGAAAUUGCAAUUUGGCAAAGAGCCGCGGCGAGUUUGUCCAGUUACAGCAAGGAUGAAUGUUUAGUGAGAGAAACUUUAUUGAAAAAAGUUCAACGACUAGUUUCACAAUUAAAAAAAAGGAUAGUGACAGGCAGCGUAACACUUGAUAGGUACAAAGAAACACUUGAAGAACUUCAAGAAAAGUAUCCUAUUCGAGAUAAGUGGUUACUUGUAAAAUCUGGCUUCGCGUUAAUCUUCGUAAUUACGCUGUUCUUUUUACACAGUGUUCCCAAUCUGCAUUUAUCACUGGGAUUGACGGCUUUAGUUGGUGUCCUUUUAUUAUUAAUUUUAGCGGACAGCGAAGAUCUAGAUGGUCUUAUGGCUCGUGUCGAAUGGAGCACUUUAUUAUUUUUCGCCUCACUGUUCGUCCUCAUGGAGGCUCUUUCGCGGUUAGGUCUCAUCGCUUGGAUAGGAGAACAAACGGAAAAAAUUAUCUUGUCGGUCAAUGAGGAAUCAAGAUUAGCAGUGGCUAUAUUGUUGUUACUUUGGGUAUCAGCUUUUGCAAGUGCAUUCGUAGACAAUGUACCUUUGUCAACAAUGAUGAUAAGAAUUGUAACUAAUCUGGCACAAAAUCGAGAGCUCAGACUGCCAUUACAACCCCUAGUGUGGGCGUUAGCUUUUGGUGCUUGUAUGGGAGGAAAUGGAACUUUGAUUGGAGCUACUGCCAACGUAGUUUGCGUAGGUGUUGCUGAGCAACAUGGAUAUAAAUUCAGUUUUAUGCAAUUCUUCAAAGUGGGUUUUCCUAUUAUGCUGACAAGUGCUGCAACAGUAACUAUGUACUUAAUGAUCGCUCACGUUAUUUUUGAAUGGAAUGGUUAGCGGCAUUGAUGCGACCGACCAACCAAUUAAUGCUAUUAUCUCCAUUUUAAAACAAUGUUUAUGUCAUUGUAAUCAAAUG